GCUUAUAAAAGCCGCUUCGAGCGCGCUCGCUCCGCUUGAAUGCAAAGAAGCCCGCCGGCGGUCUUGCAGCUGCCGAAGUUCCUGAUUCCGGUACCUCGCCCCAUCCGCUCGGUGGCGUUGCCAUGAACAAAGGCUUCGCCCGGAAGAGCCACGUGUUCCUGCCAAAGAUUUUUAAGAAAAUGUCCUCCCAGCCCAAAGACCGCCCUGAGAGUUUGCAGUUUCCCUUUCUGGAUGAUGAUGAAACGAUUACCACCAUUCAGGAAUCAAAAACUUUUUUUGUUCUCCGAGGUCUGCCAGGCAGUGGAAAAUCUACCUUGGCGCAGGCCAUCCAAGACAAGUAUAAGGAUGCUUGCAAAAUCAUUUCAGUUGACCGCUACAAAAUCCAGCCUGCUAUCAGGAGUGCCAUUCCUGAUGAUUACAGCAAGGUUGAUGAGGAUCUCGCUGACUAUUGCAAGCGUGACAUCAGCGUGGUGGUGGUAGACGACACCCACCAUGAACGGGAGCGGCUAGAGCAGCUUUUUGACAUUGCAGACAAAUAUCGCUACAAAGUCAUCAUUGUGGAGCCCAAAACCUCAUGGAAAAUGGAUUGCUUGCAGCUCAAGGAUAAGAAUCAAUGGAAACUUUCAGCUGAUGAGCUAAAGAAAUUGAAGCCCAGUUUAGAAAAGGAUUUCCUUCCCUUGUAUUAUGGAUGGUUUUUAAGCAAAAGGAGCUCAGAGAGCUUGCGGAAGACCGGGCAGGCAUUUUUGGAUGAGCUUGCUAAUAUUAAAGCCUUCAAAAAAGAAUCAAAUAAAUACUUUGGGCAGCCCACUGAAGAACCCAAAUUGAAAAUUGAUCUGACCAGCUACUUUGUGAAAAGGCCUCCAGGGGUUUUGCACUGCACAACUAAAUUCACUGACUUUGGGAAGGCUCCAGGAGCAGAUGAUUAUGCACAGCAAGAUAUUGUGAAGACUUCUUAUGGAAAAUCUUUUUUCCUGACCAUAUCUGCUCUAUUCAUCACCCCAAGAACUGCUGGUGCCCGUGUGGAAAUGAACGAGCAGCAAAUGCUUCUUUGGCCUGGAGAUGUGGAUGUGCUACAGCCAGCAGUCAGCCUCCCAAAAGGCAGCCGAGCCCACAUCACUCUGGGUUGUGCCAGUGGGGUAGAAGCUGUCCAAACUGGCCUUGACCUCCUUGAAUUUGCAAAACUGGAAAAGGCAGGGAACAAAGGCGAGGAGGUCGGGGAGAUUGGUGGCGGAAAACUUUUGUCCUUUGGGAAUGGAAUGUGGAUGCUUUUGCUUUCAAAAAAAAUCGAGGUGAGAGCCAUCUUUGGUGGCUACUAUGGAAAGGGAAAACUGGUGCCAACUCAAGGAGGUAGCAAACGGGGAUCACCCUUUAAUUCCUGUAUCAUCAUCUAAGGUCUCUCGCUGGUGUCUGCAGCCUUGUUUUCACAUGAUAUGUGUAACCUUUUAUAAACUCUUCCCCAUCACAAAUGAUAGCAUCCUAUGACUAAAGCAAUUUCUUAAUUCUAGUGAUGUCCUUUUUAAAAGGAAUAUUUCUUGACCUUCAGAGGCCUGGAUUCCUCAAAUGGAAAACAGCACUUUUUUAUACAUUUAAAAUUAAUACCACUGAAUAUAUUCCAGCCUUUUGAGGUUUCCUUUCCUUAAUAUAGAGAAAUAGCCUUUACAAGUUUGCUAGAACUGGGUCUGUUCCUGUGCUGUAAAUCUUCCUGGUCCCUUACAGCAACAUUACUGUUACAGCAGGAGAGGGAAGCUGAUUGUACCAUUUCAGAGCAGAGGGGAAGCAUAAGGGGCAAAUAGAACCACCUUUUCUCAAUGAUUCCUGACAUAAAAAUUCCCCAAGAGUAGAAAACUAAUACUGUAGGUAACCAUAAAGACAGAACUUUACACAGUUCUAUUUUCAGCAAAGGUAUGGCGGGGGGAUAUUUAAAAGUGCAUGACACACACACCCCUUUUGUAUCCUCCCAUCAUCUUUUCAUUUGAAUUCAAAUUCAGGGUAGACUUAGAAAGUUUGGCUCAAUUAUACCUCCGCCUGUAGUCUGAAAAUAUCAUAACAAAGUUAAGUGAAUACGGUAUUGCAAAAUAUUAGACUUAAAAUUUUUCACUCACUUCCCAAGUUAGCCACAGAGUAACUAGUUGAUUUCAAGGAAUCGCUUCUCAGUUGAGAUUCAGAAUCAAGGGUAGCCAUCUGUGAUCAAUUUCAACUUGAUGUAAAAGGAAAUAUGUUACCUUUCUGGUUUGCAGUUGAAUAUUCAAAGGAUUUGCUUCUAAAAUGAAGAAUAAGACCUCACUGUUUUGGUUGAGCAUAGUAAGAUCUUGCCAGUUAAUAUUCCUAAACAAGUACCAGCUGUCUUUUUCCAGAUUUUUUUUUUAAUGGGAAGUGUGAAGCCUCCCCUGCCUUGAAAUUUUAUGAGUUUUUGAAACAUAUGUCAAGUAUUAACAGGCUUGAGAGCCCUAUACUUUAAUGAAAAGAUCUUGUUAAUGUGCAACUCAUGAUUUCAUAAUGUCUUAGUCUAGUGCCAGUCUGUGACGUUGCUAUUGUAUAGGUUAUAAGUCAUUGAAAGCUGGUACAUUAAAUAAUGUUGCCUGCAGCCCCUCCAGCAUUUCCUCUUGUACAGACCUUUAAGGGAUUUAUAUUUUUCUUACCUAUCAUCUUAGUUCUGAUACAUGGGCGUCUACUAACAGGAAUGUAAAACUAGAGAAUAGGAAUCUGACUUGCAGUCUCUUAGUUUGUUGUCUAUCCUGUCUUGUAUUGCUUUAAAUGACAGGCAUUAGAUUUUCAGUAGAGAUCUUUAUAUGUUGUCUGAUUAAGAUACCAAUAAAUUACAUUUCAACCAUGAAAUGCCCAUGAAAAUCAGGGACUAAGACUGCCCUGUACUUUCAGAUCAGGUCUUUUCAACAAGGAUAUUUGAACUGGUGCAUUAUCCAAUAGCAAAAUUAGUUAUAUAGACUGGAUCUGAAUUUGCUGCAAUUGAUCCAAAUUACAAGAGUUGCCCAAAGUAUUGUAUCUGAGAAAAAUAUCUGGGUAUAGAGGGAGACACAAGUAAGGAUGUAUCUAUGAUUUUAAUUGCAUUGGAUAAGUAAUCCACCAGAGCUUCAAAUUUUAUGAAAACAGUGCAGUAAAAUAUGUAUCAAUGAACAAGUAUUUUAGACAAUAGAUGGUGUGUUCAAUGCUUUGAUAUACAGCUUUGUUUUCUGAAGAAUAUAAUAUAUUCAUGGUGCAAUCAAAAUGCAUAUAAACUUAGAAGUAAAUCCUUCAAAGUUCAAAGAGGUAUAUUCUAAGGUAAUAUACAAAUUCCCCAACAUGUUAUAUUAUAUAUACUGAUUCUUCUAUCAACUUUAGCUAGCAUCACUGUUGCCCCUGCUGUCAAUGACUGUUGUGAAAGCACCUAGCACUUGAAACUAUGCAACAUUUCAAAGCAUACUUCAAGGAAGAAACUAAUUUUUUAAAACUUACGAUUUAUGCAUUUUUUAAUUUUAUAACGUAUUUAUAUGCAGUAUGGCAUGAAUUAAACCUCUAAAAGUAAGGACAAGCCGAACAUGUUCUAAUCUCAGCUGAACCACAUCCUAUUGAAUGGUAUAUAUUUUGUGUACACAACUGAUUUAAGUUCCCCCAAGUAAGUCUAGCUGAACACAAAGCCCGCUUACUUUCCUUUGAGCAGGAUCUGUAUAAACAGUAUGUUAGCAACCAAAGUAUUGUCUAGAUUAUAGCUAUCUUUCACACCAUCUAUUGCAAAGUUGGGCAAUAGAAACCUGAACUAAUCCCCUUUUGAGUUGGUUUAUUCGUAACAUUAUGGUUAGUCCUCCCCUUUACCUCUAACACACAGGAUUUAAUCUCACUGAACAUGAUCCUUGUUUUGAGAAAAACAAGGCCAGCUUUUGCAAAUCUGAUGCCCUUCAAUUAGGUUGAAUGACAGUGUUGUUCAUUCAUAAUCAAUAUUAUCUUUGUUGUGAAUGACUUUAAGCCAGGUUAAAUUGGGACUAUAGGAAAUCAAACAUAUGACAAGAACAUUGGACUAGGGCAGAUUUUUUUUAAACCAUCCAUGUGAAUACAAUGACAAUAAUAGUUGUCUUGUGUAAUUCCUGGUUAUGCUUUUGAUAUGCUCACAUUCAAUAUGCUCUAGAUGGGAGCUAGUUUAAAAUGGGAGCUGGUUAACCUAUUAUACAAUGAAAGCUAUGAAAUAAGUUACAAAACAUAUAUCACUUGAAACUUGGAAUUAUAAACAUCAAACAUAUAAAGGAAGAUAGGUGGAUGGUUGGGUCAUUUACUUUUCUUGAAUGCUUAGCUAUACAAGAAAAAGCUGGUUGUGCUAUUGCUCAGGAAACAAUGUAACUUGCAUUUGCAAAAUAUUUGUGUCAGUUCUUAAAUAUUUGUUGUUUAAACAUCAAAUUACUUUUAAUACAACUCAAAUAUGGUCAAAGCUUUUUUAAAAAACCUAUAAGAAAGUAGCACAUGUCAAUGGUUUUGAUUGAUGUAACUUGAAACAAUAAUUCUUGUUCUGCUUUACAAAGUAGUUAAGAUUCAUAGUGACUGUAAAAUACACUGAAAUAAAUGUAUUAACAUGCAAAAAA